AUGCGCCCAACACCAUGGACGGCCUCGCUGAUGACGCUACUGGCACUCGCGGGGCCCUCUACAGCAUACAAGGCGCACGCAAACCACUCGGUCGCUGAGACGCCCGAUGCGCUCUUCUCCCUCUACGGCGACCGCCCUGACGGCUGCCCGCCAUGCUUCAACUGCAACCUCGACGACUUCAAGUGCCAGCAGUUCGCCGAGUGCAGCAAGGCCAACGGGCGCUGUAGCUGUCCGCCCGGCUUUGGUGGCGAGGACUGCUCGGAGCCGCUGUGUGGCUCGCUGCCCAAAGGCAAAGACCGGUCGCCCAGAGGAGGCGAGCAAGAGUGCCAGUGUGACGACGGUUGGGCGGGCAUCAACUGCAACGUCUGCCAGACCAACGAUGCCUGCAACGCCAUGAUGCCCGACGGCGAGGGCGGGGUCUGCUACAAGGACGGACAGCUCGUCAAGGAGAACUUCCAGAUCUGCGACAUCACCAACAAGAAGAUCCUCGACCAGUUGAAGGAGAAGAAGCCGCAGGCCACCUUCUCUUGCAACGCAGACACGGAAGAGUGCAACUUCCAAUUCUGGGUCGACCAGCGCGAAUCCUUCUACUGCGCCCUCGACACCUGUACCUCCGACUGGGCAGCCGACUCUGAUCGCAACACAACCCGAUACCGAUGCGAGAACAUCGAGUGCGCCUGUGUACCGGACCGGAUGCUCUGUGGCGAGGCUGGCUCUAUCGACAUCGGCGACUUCUUGAAGGAGUCCAUUCGCGGCCCGGCCGAGUUCAAGUCGAUUGCUUCGGAGCGAAGCGGCGAGUCUGGCAGCUCCUUUUCGGAGCCUGCCAUGAACGACCUCAUCUCGAGCAUCUUUGGCGACGAGAGCAUUCUGCUCAAGUGCGACACGGGCGAGUGUCUGUACCAGAACCAGGUCCCCGGCUAUGAGCGACCCAUCAAGAAGAUCAAUACCCCACUGAUCGCUGGAGUCAUUGCGGCCGUCGCUCUGUUCAUUGUUGCAGCCAUCCUUGCGAUCUGGUACCUCACGCACCGCGCCGACAGGAACAAGUACGGGCCUAUUCACCUGUCUGACGACGAAGAGGACGACAACGCCAAGCUGCUUGCAGACCACAAGCCCGCUGCGUUGAUGUUCGAGAACGUCGCCUACAACCUCAAGGGCAAGCAGAUCCUGUCGGGCAUCUCUGGCGCAGUCCAUCCCGGAGAGCUGUUGGCCAUCAUGGGAGCAUCAGGUGCUGGUAAGACUACGUUUCUGGACAUUCUGGCACGAAAGAACAAGAUUGGCGCUACCAGUGGCGACUUCUAUCUGAACGGCGAAAAGAUUCGCGACGAAGAGUUCCGCAACGUAAUCGGCUUCGUUGACCAGGAAGACACGCUACUGCCCACGCUUACUGUCCACGAGACAAUCCUCGAUUCUGCUUUGCUGCGCCUGCCCAAGGAAAUGAGCCGCGCCUACAAGGAACAGAAAGUCGAAGAUGUUGAACGUCAGCUGGGUAUCUAUCACAUCCGCAACCAGCCAAUUGGCUCUGAGGAGACCGGUCGUGGUAUCUCCGGCGGCGAGAAACGCCGCGUUGGCAUCGCCUGUGAACUUGUAACUUCUCCCAGCAUUCUCUUCCUGGACGAGCCGACCAGUGGUCUGGAUGCGUUCAACGCUUUCAAUGUCAUCGAAUGCCUCACCUCCCUGGUCAAGAACUACAACCGAACUGUGGUCUUCACCAUCCAUCAGCCGAGAUCAAACAUUGUUGCUCUGUUCGACCGAUUGGUGCUUCUCGCAAAAGGCAGAGCUGUGUACUCUGGACCCUUUGACAGCUGCCAGGCCUACUUCGAUAACAUCGGCUACACGUGCCCACCCGGUUUCAACAUUGCUGACUACCUGGUCGAUCUCACUAUGCAUGCCAGUGCCGUGCAUCGUCCCAUCGAUGAAGACAGCUCUCUGUUCACCAGAGAUGGUGUGUACACGAGCGCAAGCAGUGCCAUUGCAGUCAAGUCGAUACCCAGCGUCACCAACAUGAGUGUGAGCGAGCUAGCUACGAGCCCAACCAACUCUAGCAUUCGACCCAAGGGCAAGCGGAGAACCUCGAUUAAGCAGCAGCAAGAGCGCGAGCUCUUCACGCGAAAGAAGAGCUCUGUCCCUGUAGAUGGUGCACCGCCGGCUCAGAUUCUCGAGGGUCUCGACGAGCUGCCUCCGCCUGCGGACGGGGGCACAGGAACCAACCUGGACGCUCUCAUCACUGCCUACGCGACAUCGGACGUUGCCGCCGGCCUUCACCAAGACAUCAGCAGCUCGGUCGCCAGCGCCAACGAAGCCAACGGCGCGAACGGUCAUGCGGAAACGAAUGGUUUCAUUGUGGCUGGCAAGCUCAAGGGGUACCGCAAGGUUGGUCUCGUGGGUCAGUUUAUGAUCCUAUCGAGGCGCACCUGGCGCAACCUGUACCGCAACCCGAUGCUGAUGUUGACGCACUACGCCAUCGCGAUUGUGCUUGCUGUCUUCUUGGGCUUCCUCUUCUACGGUCUCAGCGACGACAUCAAGGGCUUCCAGAACCGCCUCGGGCUCUUUGUGUUUGUGCUGGCGCUCUUUGCGUUCAGCAGCUUGACAAUCCUCACCGUCUUCGCCCCAGAGAGGCUGCUCUUUACGCGUGAGCGGGCCAAGGGGUAUUACUCUCCGCCGUCGUACUUUGCCGCCAAGGUGUUGUUCGACAUCAUUCCGCUGCGUCUUCUCCCGCCCAUCAUUCUCGGCAUCAUUGUGUACCCGAUGACGGGCCUGAUCCCUGCGUGGCCCAACUUCCUCAAGUUCAUUCUGUUCCUGGUCUUGUUCAACCUUUCGGCGGCGGCCAUCUUCCUGUUCAUCGGUACCGUGUUCCGCAACUCCGGCGUGGCGAACCUGGUGGGCGUGCUCGUGAUGCUUUUCAGCCUGCUCUUCUCUGGCUUCUUCCUGAACAAGGAGAGCAUCCCGCCGCUUGCCAAGUGGCUGCAAUCGCUAUCCAUCUUCCACUACGCGUUUGAAGGGCUCAUUGUCAACGAAGUCAAGUAUCUGUCGCUCGUGGACCACAAGUACGGCAUCGACAUUGAAGUGCCGGGGUCAGCGAUCCUGAGCUCGUUUGGGUUCGAUGUGAUGGCGUUGUGGAAGGAUUGCGUUGGGUUGGGGGUGUUUGCGGGGGCGUUUGUGGUUCUGGCGUACCUUGCCAUGCACCUGUUGCUUGUAGAGAAGAGGUAG